GGCAUCCCUGCCUUCUCUCCCUUCGCGGCCUCGCCAACGGGACACGCGUGCCGGUCGCAGAGACUGGCAGAGCCUGGCUCUGGCGGCGGCCGCGCCACAACCGCCACCCGCAGCACCGGCUGUGCCGAGCCGGCCGGUCCCUCUCCACAUUGACGGCGACUGCUGCAGGUGACGACGACGACGCAGCUUGUUGCUGAAGCCACGCGGAGCCAGCACGUCGCGGAGAUAGAUAAGCACACGCGCACGCUUCACAUUGUGCAGUGCCGCUCGUCGCGAGUGAAAAGUGAAGUGAAAACGCCGUGCGGAGUCUUCUCAGUCCUUUUUACGGAUCGUGUCACUUGGCUUUAUCAGAAGCCCCCGUAGAUGUGCUGAUAGGGUUUUUCGUCGGACAAUGAGUGGCGAUUGUUUCCCGUGUGCUUCGUGAUCGACUCUCCGCGCCAAGCAUCAUUUCGUUUUCGGCGAUGCAGUGUUUGUGUGGAUUGUGUAUUCUUCACCCGACGACGACGGCGUUUCCAAUUUCAACUUUGAUGGAGCGGUGUUCGAGUUGAAGGACGGAACCGGACGUCCGAUCGAUUUACCACUACGAGCUUGUGUGUAGCUUCCAACUGUUGAGCCAGUUUGUGAACUGGAAGUCGCCGAGCCGCAGACUAAAUUUGGGCCAAUGUAGUUUUCUUUCUUAUGCGCGCGUGUGGCGUUGGAGAACACCGAGAGCAGUGGCGCCAGUUUCAGUUCGUUAACUUGUGCCGUGAGCUCUCGUGGGUGAAUUAGUUUUACAACAAAACAACGUCACGUCUGGAGGAGCGCCGCGUACCUAUCGGCGUAUACUGUGGUGGCACCUUCGCAUCGGCGAUGCGAUCCUGGCAUUGACUAUCGCACCUGUCUGGAGGACCAUCAACCAUGUUUUAACGUGUCGCCGUGGAUUUUGUGCAGUCAUGUUGCCUGGUAUAGAAAUUCUAACACGCCGUUAUUUCUAAGCCCGCCGUUUCCUGUCCCUGGCACUGAUCUUCCGGUUGCCAAUUGUCGUCGCCUGUUGAAUGCGCGAGACGACGGAGCAUUCUGUGGGCCAAGGUUCUUGCCACUGUUGUGCAUUGACAUCCGGAAAGUACUGGCGGAUCGUGUGUCGUGCGUGCCGUCCUUCGCCAUCUCGUAUACGGUCCUUUCAGCGCUGUCACGUAGUGCAUCGCGGACGCGCUUACAUCUGCAAACCAAGAGAGGAAGGUGUUGGUGUCGCAGCUUGUGAAGUGCUGUAGUGUCGGUGAAAAACCGGGUUUGUUGUGGCGUAUCGUCUAUCACGCCGUGACAGCGUCGACGUGUGAGUCUUCUGCGCUGUGUUUCCGCCGAGCAAACGACGACGCGAUUCUGGAGCUUGUCCUGCCUGCUGGUGCUGCCGUCUCGCGAGGCGGCAGCACCGUGUGACAUGUGAUUGACGCCGCCUUUCCGUCGUGUUCCCAGAUGGAAUCGGUCGCGUGAUUGUGUUGCCAUCGCCAUCUCAACGCUGCCCGCGGUUCGAGCUCGAGUUUCCGGACCUUUAAGGUAUACGAGAUUAAAAAAGAAGGAACAGGAAAGAAAGACAGGCUGCGCGGAUGACCAGCGCGUGAAUCAUUGCGCGACCAGCUUAGUUUCCUCGACUUGUAACCAAAGUCAAUUGGCCUGAUGUCUUAGAACAGCGCAAUUCUAAGAGGCUACAAGAAGACAGGAUUCGCUGAUGAUGGGGUGAUACUGUGUUCUCUCUCUAUCAGAGAGGUUCGGACAGCUUAGGAAGUUGGUUUCUACUCGGGGUGCGUGCUCGAACCGCGGGCUCGCCGAAGACGACUCGACCUCGCCGCGUCGAUCGCCGCCGUCUUCUUCGGGAGCAGUCGGCGUUGCGGCAUCUCGUUCCCAGGACGCGACCCCGUCGUCGACCGCUGCCAGUGCAUCAACGGCGCAAAGCCCAACAAUGGGCAACGUGUGCUUCGGCCACGUGCGAUCGAGGACGCCUGCACCACCAGCGCGCAUCGCGUGCGGGUCUCGCGCCAAGAAGAGCGCGGCGCCGGCGCCUCCUCGCAGCCUGGUGGGCGGCCCUUCCUCGUCGUCCGUCGGGGCCCAGCAGGCCCUGCGCGCGACCGGCAACGGGUCGGUGGUCAGCUGCCCGCCGGGCGCCACGGGCCGGGCGCUGAGCGACGACUGCGCCAUCGACGACCUGCUCGAAGGGCGCAUGGACCUGCGCCUCGUGCUGCCCGACGGACGCGAGGUGCACGUCAACGUCGAGCGGAGAACGCCCGUCAUGGACCUGCUGGUGCAGGUGGCCACGGCGCACAAGAUCAAUCCGAGUGGCCACCUUGUGCAAGCACCGAAUGAGCGAGGCGACAUGCUGACAUGCAAGCCCAACACAGCCAUUGGCUCGCUCGAUGUGAGCCACCUGCUGAUUGUGCCCAAAGGGGCCCCAGCCGUUUCCGGAGGAGUUGCCGAUCCUGCAUUCUGGCACAGGAAAGGCAUGAGACCUCCUUCCAAGCCAUUUGAGCCCACGCAGCGCAUCCAGGUGCGCCUUCCCCGCCAGCAACUGAUGGUCCUGCGGUUGCCACUGACCACAACUUUGGGGGAGCUCCGCCAGAAUGUCUGUACUGAGAAGAGCCUGGAUCCCCAGGGCUACCAGCUAGUGCGGCCAGGCAUCCCCACCCGACCCUUGGACCUCACUUGCACCCUGCAGGAGUAUGGGGCCUCAGAGGUCACCCUGCUUUCCAAUCGCACACUGGCAAACAACAUUCAAAACUCCACAGCGGACAUCAUGAGCUACUCUCUCAACCAGGAGAACAAAAGAGGAAGCCAGGUCUUCCCGCACCAUUCGGGUAGCAAAGGGAGCCUGACGGGCUCAAGUAGUGACGGUGCCAGCAGCAGAGGGACGUCGCCUACGCGAAACGAGCUACCAACGGUAUUUGCACGACCCACGAGCAAGAAGCGGCCGGCGCCGCCGCCCCCGCUGCCGGCGUCCCCGCCGCCUACGAUUCCCGAGCAGGAGAGUGACACUACCACGCUCCCAGCCAAAGGAGGCCGGCGCGAAGGUGCGGGCCACUCACGUCAGAGUUCGGACUCCAGUGGCUACCAUGAGGCGUCAGUGCUGAGUGAUCUGCCAGACACGCCUUCACCCGAGGCAGUGCAGGGGAGGCCCAACUGCAACUUAAGGCAAGAGAGUCCGUCACGCACCACCGGGACAACAGUAGCUGUGCACCGACGAAGCGCACCGGUGGAGACUGGUAGCAGGGCAGUGCGGCCUCAGAGCACCAUAUCGGAGGCUGGUACAAUAGGGCACGCCAAGAAGCGCAAAGCGCCCCCGCCACCUCCACUGGCACUGCAUACACCUGCUGCCACACAACCAGCAGCGGAAACAACCAAGCCAGCCAGUACACAGCCAGCUGCCAACCCAGACGUGCCAGAAAGACUUGCCGAGCCAUCCUCGCCGGCUGUUAACGAGAAAGGUGAACAGCUACACUUCAGAGAGCUCAGUCUCGUGCCCCCACCGUCACCUUUCUCGGCACCUGCGACGCACAACCACCUGGUCGGAGGGAACCCUAAUCAAGGCCCUGUCCCCAAACCUCGGCUACUAACCAUUCCACUUUGGCAACCUGCCCCAGAAGAUAAUGGAUCAAGCCAGUAUGAUGAAGCAGUCUUGAAGAAGCUGGUUUUCUCUCACAUCGAUGCCACAUUUGAUUCCAUAGAGGAUCCUGAUUCAUUGGCUGCAGACAAUUCAGCCUGCGUUUCUGACAGUGCAUCCUGGGAGUACACAAUUCCCGAGCCACCAUCACCAUUUCGAACAAGAGCGGGUGGUGCUUCUGAGACGAGUGCUGUGUCCCAAAGCAUAAUAAAAACAGAGUCUCUGCAGCCAGAAUCGCCAAAGAGUGACCUUUCGAGAGAUGACAGUGGGCUUGUCGAUGACCUGGGAAGCAGGGACAGCACUGCCAGCACGAGCACUGAAACACAGAACAUCGGCAGCAGUGCAACGGGCGGAAAUGAUGUGAAAUGUGAGAAGAAAGAUGCCUCCAUUCCAGUAACUUCUGCAACAACCACAGUGAUAGUUGAAUCUGUGGUGCUUAAAGAAGCAGUGUUGUGUCAGGGCUCUGUGAAGACACCUACGGAGGAGACAGUCAAGGAUGUGGAGAAAGAACAGUCUGAACCUUCCAAUGAAGGUAGUAGCUCAGAAACAUCAAGUUUGUCUGCAGUCACCUCAGAGGAGCAUGUACCAAUGCAGUCGAACAUCCCCGAUCAAGAUCAGGAGUCGGAUGAAAGUGCCUCAGUGAUCACAAAUCAGCCAAUGCCUCGCAGGGACAGUUUGCAAAUUUAUCGUCUCAAGGAAGUCAAGGUGUCCACGAGGCAAGCAGAUGCAUCUACUGCAGAGACACAUAAUGUGCCUGAGCCAGCAUUGGAAACGAGCACCUGUAAAGUGCAAGAAGAGCUACCUAGCUCUGUACCUGAAGAAGAGGUCUUUGUUCAAACAGUUGUUGUGAAUCAGGGGCAAAAAGGAGGUCAAGCUAAAACAACUGUGCAAAGAACAUCUUUGGAAUGCUUUCAUUCUGGUCCUUGCAGUGAAGAUGCUCCGAAAGGCAACUGUACUGUAGUAGAAAAUGCCCAAGGAAAGAGUCGCGAGCUGUUGCAAACAGGCUCUUUGGAUCGACAAGAGCUUGUCAAGAUGAGCAGCUAUCCGAAUGCUGCAGAAAAGACAGUUCACAUUGAGGAAAUUGUGUGGGAGGUUUCAGAUGAAGGUUUACCAGUGGCCAAGAAAUGUGAGACCUCUGCCCCCGAGCAACAAACCAAGCUGAGUCAAAGGCAGGAGGUUGAAAAAACAUCCCGACCUCGAAGCGUUGUUGGUGGCCCUAUCUCUUUCUCCAUAGGGUCAUUAGGGUCCUAUAAGACCGAGGUUGUAGAUGACAUUUAUAGUGGUGAUUGUAUCAAGCCAAACUAUGAGAGGUUCAAAAACAUCAAAGUCAUCUCUCCUAGCAGUGCUAGUAGUGCGCAGCGUGCAGUGACAUCUAAAGCAGCAGCUGGUCCGGCUGGGGGAUCUGCAACCUUAACGCGACCUGAUGGAAAGCAAGCAUCUGAGGGAGAUGCCACUUUUACAGUGAAGAUUGGCAGCUGGGAGAGUGACAAUCAAGCACUGAAGCAAAGCAGCAAGCAGUCAGUGUCCACAGCAGACCUCCGUCCUAGCCACAGCAUUUCACAGGUAUCGAGAGAGGCAGGGCAGCUUCAGUUUGAGGAAGAGAAAGACAUCUUGCUGAGCGAAUAUGCGAGGCUUCAGGAACAGUUUGUGGCCUGGACGCAGCAACUGGAAUCGAACCAAAAUUUGCUCGAAGACAAGAGAAUAGUGCCAAGUGCUGUGGCACCAUCAGCUGUUGCAGCACCACAGCAGCCUCAAGCUUGCAACAGCUCUGUCGUUAACAGCCAACACGAAGUUCGAGUUUCCACGUUGCCCAGAGUGAAGCCAGUGAGGCCGCUAAGUCUCAUCGAGGAGCGCAGCCGAGCUUUUAAACAGCCAGGUUCUGCAGAAAGCAUGACUGCGCCUGUUGUGAGCUUCGGCACAUGGAAGGAUCAGAGAGAAGAUCAGAGAGCGACCACAUCCGUAAGCACCACACUGAACCGCCAAAGGGCUGUUGGGGGCUUGGAGGGUGUAGAAGAGAAGGUAAGCAAAUCAAACAAACAACAUGAGGGCUCUGCAAGGACAGUGGUGAAUUCAGGUGGAAAGCCUCAGGCAAAGCCUAAGCCAGACUUGAAGAAGCCCACAGGGAUCCUGUAUUCAGCACCUGUGGUGCGUGGAUUUUCUCCGGAAGCCAUCGAGAAGCUGUCGCAAGAGGCUUCUCUUCAACAAAAGCUGUCUCAAUCUCAGGAUCAGGCCACACACCAUGAGGAAUUGUCAGUGGCCACAAGUGUGCAGCAGCUACAGUCAAGACCUUCUGACAAGGGGAGGGUAACUGUGACCAAUGUACAUGCAAGCUCAGAAAGUUCCACAAGCAGUCAGCAGGGCGGCGUGGCAGACCGGCGUUCCCUUCCACCGUACCUCCAAAGUGAAAUUGUUCGCUUGGCAAAGAAGCCCAGUGCAACGUCGGAGCAACACCUGCACGUCACAGAGAAUGCUGCCAAUUGCAGUAACAACAAGCCAAGCAUUGUGCAGGCCACGCUAAAGUCUGGUGUCACUGUGGAACCUUUGGCUUCUGCUCACUCUGUGGUCAAAGUGAAUGGGCAUGCCAGUGCUGUUGAGGUCAAGCAGGCGCACAGCACGAACCAGCCAGAGCGCAGCAGUGCGGCCGCUGUGAAGCGAUCUACAUCUGAAUGUGAUGGACCUCGUAAGUUGGCCGCUGGAGGCCAGUCGAGUUUACAGAGUGCAGCCAGGAAUCCUCAGGCUUCUGUGAUUGGCACCAGAGACAUCCUCAUGGAUGAGAUCCGCAACUUCGGUGGCAAGGGCUCCCUGAAAAAGGUUUCCACGGAGCCAGCCUGGCAGCUGAAUGUGUGUGGCCUCCGGUCAGCGUGACGAGUCUACGCAGUUUCGAGUACCUUACAUCUGGUCGUAGCUUGCUUGUGCUAAGGCACCUUGGCCUAUGAGACUCGCCUAGCUAGUGUCUUCUGCACUGCAGCCUUUACCCGAGUGCCUUCAGUCACCCUAUUACUGUGCACUGUUGCUUGAUUGCACAUUGUUGUGUGUGCCUUUGAUACAUGCGGGUCAAAAUAUUCUCGUGCACAGUUGUUGGCAUUGCACCUGAUUUCAUGUCCAUAUUUGCCGCUGCCUCAUGGGUCCCUUGUAGUCAGGCAUUGUUGUAGUCCUCUUGUUUACAGCUGGCACUGAGAGUUUGUUCUUAAAUAUUGCCUUUUAUUUUUUUGUGUGUGCUCGUGAGAAUGGGCCUAUCUGUCUCAGCAGGGCUGAGAGUAAUCAGUGCCUCAAUGUUUGUAUUUUAGCUACUGAGAAUCCGAACGUUCACGCUCGGCUAGUGCUUGAAACACUAUCAGAGGCAGCAUAGUGGGGAGUCAGUGCCAUCAUUGUGAGGUCUGGGCCUCGGGCUGUUUCAGCGCUUUAUGUAAAUAAAUAUACAUGACUAGAAGAUAUGCUUAUAUUUGAGCCUUUUAGGCUGACUGAAUUAGACGCCGUGCUAUACUCAUGGCUACUUCAUCCAGACAUAUUGUGUGAUGCUGUGGAGCCUAUGCAAACUGCGCUUCCACUGCAAAUAGUGGUGCACUUUUCCGAGAGAGGUGCUGUCAGAAGAAUGCAGGAUGCUAUCUGAGGCCUUAGAGGUUUAGAUGUUAUAAAAUCGCAGCUAUGUGUCGUGCCACUAAGAUUCAGCUAUAAUUUUCAAACCCUCUGCCAGGGCUCUCUAGCUUUGUGAGAAUAGUGGGGGAUGUUUUUCCCGUGCAUCUGUGCACGCAGCUUAGUGCUACGUGCUGAGCGAAGUAUGAUGGACUCUGUAUAAGAUGUUGAAGGAAGACCACGUAGAUGCCAAGCCAAGCCACAGUGAAAACUUCACAAUGAGUUGCUGCCAACAGGCCAGUUGCUAUUCAAGGCUGUAUCCACUUGUGGGCUUAAGUGAGAUUCUGUUGAGGUGCAGUGGUGGCGUGGCAUAUGCGAGAUUCUUGUGUACAUAGACUAGUUUUAUAUCUCGAGCAAGGCAGCUCGCCUCUAACCUCAAAAAGUGGCCAGAUGAAGCCACUUGCUGAGGAAAAGAGGCUUCAGGUUCCUUUUUAUUUUAAUGCAGGGCUUGUUACUGACACCAAUAUAUUUGUAUUGCUCAAGAUACCUUUAGCCCAGAUGAUUUUACCCGAGGUGUCGUCGCACGAAAUGGCGGCUAUGAUAUGUUGCGAAGAAAUCCAAGAUGCGCUUUAAUAAGUUCGGCAGGUUGGCAUCCCUCACACACAGAUAGGCAUGUGAGGGACCUGAAUAGAUGACAGGCAGUCACUAAUUUUUUUUUUUCUGCUGGUAUGUUUUUUGGCAGUGUACAGUAUUUAUGUUUGAGAACUCUGCUGUACAUGCGUGACAGUAUGUGCCGGUUGAUGGUUCGUUGAAGGAAUUAAAAAUGGUUAACACAA